AUGGUCUCGAUGCCGGAAACAAAGCGCCGCGAGGCUCUUUCAGAUAAUGAUAAUAAUGGACUUGCCGGCAUCCACGUAAAGGGAGAAAAACGAUCGUUUUCAGACCAAGAAAAUGCAAGCCCACUGAAGGGCCACACCGACAAGAAGACUAGAACUACCAAAUCCAGUACCCCAGAAGUACAUUCAGCAAGCACUAUCUUUCGAAAAUUCGUCACCAAUGCUUUGAAUGAACAUGCCAUGGGGAACUCGGCAAACUACCAAGUGCUUCGAUUAAAGUUUUCUGCGGAUCCAUCCGAAGAAGAUGCGCCAUCAUCUCAAGAAUUACAAAUGACUAUCACGGCCCUCUCACAAAAAGUUUCACAAUUGAAUGGUUCCUGUUCAACCCUUGUUCAGGAUAUCGUGGAAUGCCAGUGGGUGGCAAGGAGUAGUGUUUUUGUAAGCGCCUAUGUGCGGUUCUUGGGGAACCUGGUCAGUGCUCAUUCUAGCUAUAUGGGAAUGGUAACACGAAUGUUGGUGGGUUUUUUUGGCUAUCUACCAAGCUCUUUGGGUAAACUCCCAAAUCAUGACCAAGUAUCAAGAGCAAUGAUUCGUGCUCGUGUUCACUACGCCUUACAAUUUAUUCUCGACUUGGUACCAACAGCAAUAUUUUCGACUCUGUUCCCAUCCCUGGUGGCUGAGUUUCCACACAAGAGUGACAAGAAGCAAGCCCACAUAAAUUACCUCCAGAAUGUGCUGAAGGUCAUUGAAUAUGCCCCUGCUCUACAGAAUAGACUUUUGGCAAUGAUUACAGAUCGGGUCAUCAAGGUCGAUGUUGAGAUCCAGGUUAAUGUUGAAGAUUUAGAAGACGAGGAGGGCGAGGAGCUAGAAGCCGAGCUCACUGGAAAUAUACCGCAGCUUAAGGAUACUUCAACUAUCAUAGAAGAGGAUGAUGAUGAGUCAGAUGGAGAUGUGGAAUAUGAUGAUGAUGAGGAUAUCGAUGCAAUCACGAAUAUCAGGGAGACAGUUGAUAAGCUUGACUCUAUGCUUUAUAUACUUUUCGAAUAUUAUUCCAAGACCCUUCCCACAAAGUAUAGUCAUGAGCCUAAACCGAACGCCAUGGAUACGUUCGAACUAAUGCUUCGAACGUUUGAUAACACCAUUCUGCCCACCCACCGUUCGCGGUUCACACAAUUCCUCCUCUUCUGGGCUGCUCAGAAAUCGCCAGAAUUCACCAAUCAUUUCUGCGUCUCCAUUAUCGAAAAAGCCCUCGACAACACUCGCCCUCAAAAAGCUCGCCAAGCAGCGGCCGCAUACAUCGCAUCUUUCGUUGCAAGAGCAAAGACUAUGUCGAAGACGGAUGUCCGAGUCGUUGUUAGGCUGCUUUGUCGAUAUCUUGGGUUAUUUGUGGACGAGAGGUCCCAUGAAUGUCACGGCCCAGACGUCUCAAGAUGGGGGGGCUUCUACAGCAUCGUUCAAGCGGUGAUGUAUAUCUUCUGCUUUAGGUGGAGAGAUUUAAAGGAAGAUGAGGAAGACGAAUUUGGAAUCGUGGAGGAAAAGUGGACAUCAGGCUUGGACAAUCUAUGCAAGGCAGUCCUUUCAAAGUUCAACCCACUGAAGGUAUGCGCACCAACAGUGGUCGAAACAUUUGCGAAGAUUGCGGCCCAUCUCCAGUUCAUGUUUUGCUUCUCCGUUAUCGAACAGAACAAACGGGCAGGAUUCGCCAACGAUGGCGAGCUCGAGAGCUACUUCCCGUUCGACCCUUACACUCUGAAGAAAAGCAAAGUAUGGAUCGAAGAUUACUACAUCGAAUGGCAGCCUGUUGAAGGUUUAGAGGACGAUGACGAGGAUAGUAGUGAUGUUGAUAAUGAUGCGGAUGAGGCGGAUGAACUAGACGAGGACGAAAGUGAUGUUAGCAGGUAG